ACGGCCGAUAAAACGACUAUCCUUGCUUCGUAUAGCUGUCUACUAAUUUUUUAUCGCAAUCGAUUCUUCGACUUUUGGGAGAAACUGCAAGUUUUCUUUUUUUAAUCUUCAAUUUUGCUCUUGCACAUUGCCGGCUAUAGUCCUGAAUCAUUUGUUAGAACUCAGGUUCAGCGUUGCCGAUGCUGGAUUAACAUAUUGGUGCUACGUUUAUUCAGGGCUCAUUUUUUAUGAAGUAACGCGACUUCGACAACUGAAGCACACCUCUACAGGUGACGCGACUAAGGAGGCUGCAUUACCGCUCUCACAAUAUUCGCCUGAACUAAUGUCACCAACGCCAGUUUCCUUAAGGCGCUCCGAGGGAGUCGGCCAAAAUGAACUCCCAGUGGAUAAGUGCUGGGGAAUUCCUGUGUUCGCUGCCCUGUCCACGUUGCUCAUCACACUGCCAUCUUGUUACAUGGCUCUUCUCUUCGUCUUCUUCGUGGAUGACUACAACGUGAGCCGAGAGCGAGCUUCGUGGCCUCAGAACUCCCUCACCAUGGCAACGCAUGUAUCGGGCUUACUAGUGGCUGCACUUCAGCGACGAAUCUCUGUCGCUAACAUCGCCAUUCUUGGAUCACUGCUAGCGUCACUCGGGGUCAUUGCGUCGUCUUUCGCCCGCGAGGUCAUCUGGAUGUCCAUCAGUCUUGGUGUCAUGUACGGACUCGGCCUCGGCAUGUUUAUGGCAUCCGUCGCUAUCUACAUCCUUAUGCACUUCGACAAGUACAAAGGUACUGCCUUGACGCUCGCAUUCAUCGCAUGGGGUAUAUCCGGCCUAAUAGGCCCAGCAUUCCUCACUCAUUUGAGGACAAUAUACGCUCUGGACGGCACCCUGCUUAUGACUGGAGGUCUCCUGCUGCACGCUAUUCCUCUGAGCAUGCUGCUCAAAAAUCCUCGUCCUGUCAACACUGAAGUGCUGAAAAGUCUGGCCCCUAGAUGUCCCCGGUGGAUGCGGACAAGGUCCGUCGACGCGCGACGUGGACUGGAAGUUCGUCAACACCAACCACCUUCCACAGUCAGCCUCAGUCGCAUGAACGAUCCUGUGACAUGGAGGGCGGGAAAGAACUCUAACGAAUCGGGCCCUAGGGCUUUCGUAGAAGCAGUGCCAGCCGAACAAGUCCUUCCGGCCAGAAAACAUUCAAUUCAGCAACAACCCUCAGAGGGUGUUUCCGAGAGCUCCACAUGCGCAUCGUUACGCGGUCUUCGCCGAUUCGCCGCCACCGUAUUCCGCACACCCGCCUUCUAUGUGUUCCUCGUUGCAACGGUGGCGGGCGACUACUCCGGAGUAUCUUUCAGCACUACCAUUGUCGAUUACGCCGUUGACAAAGGGAUCGACGUGGGCGUGGCAACGCACCUAAUCGAAUUGGGCGCGGUGGGUCAUCUAGCUGGUCGCAUCUUCAUCAUGCCGCUGUCGGACUGGGCUCCGAUGAGUCGACUGCCGCUGUUCGCUAGCUCCUAUGCCCUCGAGGCCAUGUGCGCCUUGAUCAUGCCGCACAUUGGGUCGUCGUUCAGCGAGGUUGCUGCAGUGCGUGUUGUAGAGACCACCGUCACCGGCUUUUCAUCGGCCAUAAGGGGUAUCCUCUUGGCUCAGUACAUGGGCAUUGACCGGCUGGCUUCGUGCAUGGGACUGUAUGGACUCGUCAUGAUACCGGUCUCCCUCGGCAGUGCUUCAAUUAUCGGGUUCUUCCGUGAUACAAUGGGCUCGUACGAUGGAUUCUACAGGAUGCUCGCUGCUCUGAACACUGUAGUCGCUGUUGUGUUCGGCAUGUUCCUUGUGUUUGACUGGACGCGCGCAAGACGAAGAGGAUCACAGUCGUCAGAGAACUCCUUGACCCAGGUCACAAUCGGCAGCGGAGCGCACUCAGAGCAGAGGUGCUAAAUGUAAAGGUCACACGUUUCGGCCCUACUGCGUUUUACGCUGACCGCAACCGAUGUGCCUGGUGCACGCGCGUCGGUCGCACGCGCACCGGCUUCAAUACUGCCAUUAGAAUAGAAGCUGAAAACGUUGCGACACGCACUUGCCUCAACGACAGCGCUCAACAUCAUGUUGCCGCUCCAAGAUGAACUACGGUUCAGAGAAAAAGACGCACCGUCUACAUAUUCCACUUGCUCUUGCCAACGAGAUAACUGCAGUUGCUCUGCGGAACGCUAAGGUGUUUGUUAUUGUGCGUACACAAAUAAGAAAUGUGUGUUAUCUGCGUGCAGCUGAUCGUUAGUGUGCAAAGUGGCGGCUGUUGAUCGGGUAAAUGUGAAUGGACGAGUUGAUGCUUAGUUUCGUGAAUAAUAUUCCUUCGGUGUGUACAUUCGGGUGCCUGUACGCCUGACCUAAUUUACGGCGCUAGCAGAAGAGAACUUGAUGUUCUCUGCCGCGGUUCAAUUAUUUCGCCAUCUUCCUACGUAUGAGAGAGAAAAAAAAUUAUAUGUAUUAUGAGAUUCUCCAAUUUCAAAGCGGAUGAUGUGUGUGUGUGUGUUCGUGUGUACCCGAUACCUACGAGGAGCUCAAGUUUCCUCAAAUAAAUGGUCAUACGCGAGCAAUUAAAACGCGAUUAUCAUGUAUGAAACGUCUGAACAGUUUUCAAGAUGUGAGGAGGCUACUGAAAUUCUUUCACAUUCCUUCUGAAAGGUCUUUCAAUUUCAUUGUCGAUAAGACAAAGAUUGUAGUUACAGGGAAAAAAGAAAAUUCUGCCUUUUCACUGCUCUUUAUAGCCCUCGAAUACUUGAAGCAUCGCCUUCUCUGUCGACUCGAAACAUGCGCCAAUGGCGCGUUUGAUCGAAUCUGUCUUUUCUCUAUUGUGCACAGCUACAGCACGCGUGAAGUACUUGGCUAAUGUCCUCGGCGAGACUGUAUAUGGCUGUAUGCAGCUGUGUAACUUGUAUCUACUUGCAACCACUUCAGGGAGUGGAAACACUUUGACAGGGUGGUUGAAACAGGAGCAUCGAUGGGAAACGAAAAUAUUUUCCUUUUGUUUGGUUUUUUCGAGUACCAAGGGAAAUGGUCGAGCAGUUUCAGAAAUAUAAAGUUUAAUUACUCUCUCUCUCUCUCUCUCCCUCUGUAAAUUAAAUACUCACAUUCGACGUAGUGAUUAGAGAGGUGUAACGCUUUCUAUGCAAGGCGUCUGAGCACUCGUGCGCAUGAUCUGUAUAAACAUAUUGAGUAGUUGCGAUUUCACUUAGGUGUGGUCCUAGGUGUUUAUUCUCAAAUCUUUGCAAAGUAUAUUCGAAUAUCUUACAAAUUCUGUGCAAUAAAGAAAAAAAACACUCCAC